AUGGCACAAAGUUGUAAGCAAUGCUUGAAUACGAAUUUAUUAGUAAUUCUUACAUUACUUGGUGGAGCUGUAGGUUUAUCUGUGGGAUUUUCUUUAAGGAAGUUGACAUUAACGAAAGAUACUCUUCUGUGGAUAGGAAUACUUGGAGAAAUGUACAUUCGUAUGCUGAAAAUGAUGAUUGUUCCUUUGAUGGUUUCCUCCAUAAUAACAGCAACAGCAUCCCUGGACUUGAAAGCAAAUAGUAAAAUUAGUGUAGUCUGUUUGGUACAUACAAUGAUGUCUAAUUUUCUACCAAGUAUUAUAGGUUGUAUCCUUUGUGUAAUAAUAGAACCAGGGGUAAGUGUCCAUAUAUCAAAGGAAUUUACAUCUGUUUACGAUAAAAGUACAGAAACACAGGAUAUAUUUGCUGAUCUUUUAAGAAAUGUGUUUCCUGAUAAUCUAAUUGUUUCGACAUUUGAACAGUCUAAUUUUGGAUUGAUAAUCGCGAGCAGUUUAUUUGGAAUGGCAACCAGCGCAACAAAGGAACACGGAAAAGCCUUCUACGACUUCUUUACAUCAGCUACAUGUGUCAUUCUGCAGAUGUUAAGAUGGCUUAUUUGGUUUACGCCUGUAGGAGUAGCUAGUCUUCUUGCAAAGACAAUAGCAAGCUCGGUGGAUACUAGUGAUGAGUUCGUGCAUCUUGGCAUGUUCAUAUCUACAGUCUUGCUAGGAUUUACCUUAUGGUCGUUUGCAGUUGUCCCACUGGUAUAUUUUUUCAUAUACAGAACAAAUCCAUUUCGUUUUCUCCUCACACUGGUUCAACCAGCUUUGAUAACUUUCGCAACAAGUAGUACAGCCAUUGCCAUGCCAGAAACACUAUACAGUUUGGAAGAGAUUAACAAGCUAGACAAAAGAAUAACCAGAUGUGUCGUACCUUUGUCAACCUCAAUAGGUAGGAGUGGCACAUGUCUUUAUAUCACCAUAUCAUGUUUGUUUGUUGUUCAAUUGGUCGGAUUGGAACUAACAUUUACAAGACUUGUCCUAGUAUGUAUUUUAUCAACGAUAUCAGCAUUAGCUAACCCACCUGUAACUGGUGCCAGUCUAGUCAAUAUAAUAAUUAUACUAACAGCAUUAGAUAUACCACCGGAGGCUGCUUCCUUGUUAUAUGCAUUUGAUUGGAUAUUAGACAGAUGCAGAUCAAUUACCAAUUUAUUUUCACACGCUCUUUGUGUAGUUGUCACUUAUGAACUGAGUAAAUCUGCCUUGUCUGAAAAUGCUGAAGAAAACCUAUAAGCCGCACAAUUAUAUUAUAUAUUAAACAGUGCGAUCA